GAUUCAUAAAAAAUGUCCAAUCUUUCUCGCCUCAAAAUAAGAUGCUUCCUUAAAAGUUCUCUCUUCAUGAAGAGACAGCAUUUACAAUCACGGUGUUGUCAACCUCAAGCAUCCGGGGCCUUAACGAUGCAGAGAAUAUGGAGAUGUAUUCAAGUUUUGUACAACAACACGUUUUUCAAGCCUCAGAGGUUGAUACAUCUACCUGCCAUCUACCUGUCACGUGCAUCACAAGUGAAUUUUCUUUUUGUCGGCCAGCCCACGAUGGUCUGUGAGCGUGUCUCUCUAUGGAAAUGUAGCUGCCGGCAGGGCAUCAAGAAGCAGUGUGAAGCAAAAACAAAUGACAAGCAAAUAGCGAGGGACUGGACCAUCAUCAGGUAGCAGGUGAUAGGGGAGAAUCCUAGCCACCUAUCCAGCCAGCGUUUUUAGUUGAGCAAAAGCAAACUGUGGCCGCAAAAUACCCGAAGUUCAAAGAACAGAGAUCGUUAGCUGGUGUCCCUGUGCUCGCUGGCUGGAAGUCAAGAUGGUGGACGCUCCACUCGCAGGAAAAUGUUUCUUUGUCUUGCUUGUUGCUGUUGUUUCCUUCUGUGUGACAAAGAUUUCAUCGGCUCCUGCAGAGUUGCAUGACUACUACCCGCAGCUAGUUGCCAAGGCGGCGGAGUGCAUCGCACCCUGUGACCAACAGCAUCCUACCGUACCAGACCAUCAACCUGUCCCGGCACCACGCGGCCCUUCACACUCGGACACACAAGACAACUGCACUUCCACCAGCAGCUCGUCACGCUUGUAUCCAGCAGGCGAGGUCAAGCAGCAUGGCACCGCCCCCUUGACCCCGAAUCUAGGUGAAGGUCACACAUCCAUCUCUGGUUCUGGCAAACCUUUGGACUCCGAUGGCAAGACAGGUUCAGGUGACUCUUUGGUGGGUCAGAGUGCUCCAAUCACCACAGAUAUUCCUCGCACUCUGGCGACACCUGUUGGCAAGGAAACGUCGUCUACCAAUGACAGCGCUGUUGAGGUCAGUCGCGUGGCUGACGUCACUUUUUGGACGGGUCAGGAGGGACGGGGUGGCCAGCCCCACGCUGGUCCCACCACAGAGGACCCUGCACAGGGCAAGACAGAGAUGCCGACAGACCAGGCAACCCAGGGAACCCUCGCACAGCACACGUCACAACAAGGAGGUCAGGAAGGUUCAGUAGGAAAAGACAACAAAGUAAAUCAAAGUGAGCAGGUAAACCAAGGUACAGAGGUGACACCAGGCUCGCAGGUGCACGAGCGCGACAGGACCUCAGGUAAGAGCGAAGCUUCUCCUGUCAGUAAUACAGGUGUCUGGCCAGCCCCAACCACGAGCCCUGGUGUGGAGAAUGUUUUUGGCCCCUGUUCUUCAACCAAGGGCUGCAGCGCGGGUAUAGGAGGCACAAACGUCAUCAUCACCUCCACUACCACCACCACAACCACCUCUACCACCACCAACGGCUUUGACAGUGCAGUUGUGGAAAGCGACACGACCACGCCGGACACAGAAAUCCCGCAAGAUCCCUCAGCCCGGCGAGAAUACAUGCGGAAGGUCAAGGAAAACGCAACUGCAUCCCCCAGUGACCUGUCUCUACCGGAUGUAGCCGGCAUUUCAAACGCCAGUGACGACCAGACGAUUGUGGACACACCCUCGGAGCACGUGGAUGGCCUUGACCUGAGAUACGGGGUCACAGACAGCAGGUCUGGCGAUAGUUCGAUCACCAUCGCUACCCCGACAGAUGGUGCUGCCUUCGGCGGAAAAAGCUUUGUGAAUGAAAGCGGAAGUGCAAGCAGUGGAGGGAGCGGAAGUCGUGUUAAUAGAACAGAUGUUAGCGGAAGUGUCGGCAGUGACGGUCUUCACAGCGGAAGUCGAGUCAGUGGAACCUUCAGUACCGGAAGUAGUGGUAACGAAAGACACCUUAGUAGCAAUGGCAGUGGAAAUAUGCUUCCCUCCCCUGAAGACACCUUCAGCAUGAUCCCCUCUGACCCCGACGAACGGCGCCGGUACCUGCAGAGGGUCCGCAGCAAGACGCCCUCAGAUCCCUUCAGUCGCAAGGUCUUCGUCAUGUUGAGGGAUGGGCUGAUCCCCAGCGACCCCACACAAAGGAAAAGGUUCCUGGAGAACCACCUAAACCUCUGACAGCACUCGCCAGAAGAUGGCAGCACCAGUCAGUCGACACAGCCUCACUCCACAUCUCAACGGUUAUUUUGCUGGUGAAGAAAGAACAACUUUGAAAACAUCGUUUGUUUGAUGCAGCUCCCAGCAUCGAGGCCCUUAGUUGGGACGACCCAUUGGGUGUAGCUCGUGUGGACAGGGUAACUGUAAGUGGCUUACUGUGUCUAGGGCGGGUCUAGGUUAACUCUAUCCAUUCCCACAUCAUUAUAAUUUUAACUUAAACUUUCAGUAUAAAUUAUUAUAGUGCAAUAAAGUAUAAAUUUAAUAUUUUCCCAUUCUAUAAAUGCUUUUUCCUGGGUUUUUCUGCGUACUGACAGCGAGGAAGGGUUACUCAUUCAUCUUUUCACGCCAGCAAUUGUUGGUGUCCGCAGAAACUGAUUGAAAAUUUAAUAUUAUCAGAUUACCGAUUUGAGAGUGACUUUUUAAAAAUAAAAAUGCAAAACAAAAACAAACAAACAAACAAACAAACAAACAAACAAACAAACGCUACUUAAACACUUGUUUGAUUACUUAAGCUGUGUCCCUAAUAAAUUAUUAACACGUGAUUUCAAAAAUAAUGAGAGAUACCAAAGGAAGAAAAAUAGGAUGAAAUCAAGAUGAAAUAGAGACAAUAAAGUUGAACUUCGUGUCUUCGGAGGUCUUUGAGUUUCUUUUAUUAUCUAAUUUUUUUAAAAAAAAAGAGAACUUAAGUGAAAUAGUAUAAGUCAAAGUUAUUUCCCCUUUGUCCAAUCUUUUUUCUAAAUAAAAACAAAAUCUGUCUUCCCUGCACUAUGACGAUGUGUUUAUAUAGGUUUACAUAUUUAUUGUGAGGGUGCAGGCUGUUUAGGUAAAUUUGAAAAUAAAAGCAUUGUGCUUAU